AUGGCAUCAGCGGCGGCGGGAUCCUCCUCCUCAUCGUCAGCCUACUCAAACUCGCCGUGCGCGGCGUGCAAGUUCCUCCGCCGAAAGUGCCUGCCGGACUGCAUCUUCGCGCCCUACUUCCCGCCGGAAGAGCCGCAGAAGUUCGCGAACGUGCACAAGAUCUUCGGCGCCAGCAACGUGAGCAAGCUGCUGAACGAGGUGCUCCCGCACCAGCGGGAGGACGCCGUCAACUCGCUGGCCUACGAGGCCGAAGCCCGGCUGAAGGACCCCGUCUACGGCUGCGUGGGCGCCAUCUCCGUGCUGCAGCGCCAGGUCAUCCGCCUCCAGAAGGAGCUCGACGCCACCAACGCCCACCUCAUCCGCUUCGCCUACACUACUAGUAACAACACCAGCAGCAGCAUUAUUACUCCUACUACUGAUCAUUUGAAUCAUCAUCAGGAUUAUUCUUCGGGUGGGGCUUAUUAUGGUAAUUACAAUGGUGGUAACUACGGUUCAUGGAAUGGUGGCAUGAAUUGA